AUGCACCCAACUCUCAACUAUCGGCACUCACGGCGGUCCGCUUGUGAUAAAUGCCGCGGGCAGAAGCUGCGUUGUGAGCGUGGCCAUAUUAAUGGCAUGUCUUGUGAACGUUGCCUCAAGGCUCAGCAGCCAUGCAUCACCAGCAUAAGCCACCCAGCACCGGUCUUCCUUCCGACAAGCCAUGAUAAGAGCAUUGUUCAGAAAGAUCGGGAGAGUCAAAUAUUUGGCCAUAGCCCUGAUCUGAUAUCUAUGCUUCCCAACUCAUCCGGCCCGAAAGGGACAAGCUUGGUUCUGCCAUCAUCCACGAACUCAGGGAUGCCCAAUAUGCUACAGUCAAACAGCUGGAAUGAUCAGAUUUUACUCUCACAUAUUUCCAGGGAAGACGCCUUUCCGUCGCCCGGCGAUCUAGCCUUGAGCAUACCUCUAGAUCAAAGGGGCUUUCCAAUCCCCUUCGAAUCGUGGGGUCAUCAGCAGUCUUGCUGGUCUAAUGAGAAUUACAACCUGCCUCCUCCUGAAACUGCCUUGCCAGAGCUCACACAUCAUUGUAGUGACGAAUCUCUUUACUCCCCGAUUCUUGGUAAUGAUAUCUCAAUAAAUGCCGGAAACAAAAGCGUACCAACUAGCCAGCAACCCAUCUAUCUCGGAACAGCACCAUUCCUUGGAGCAGAAGAUGUCCCUGAAUCCUUUUGGGGUAACCUUGAGAACCUCCCAAACCCGGCCGAACUUCUUCCUAGCGUGCCUACCCAAGAAAUGCCCACAUCUUUUCAAAAUACGCGGAAGGAGAUUUUGAAGUUGAAGAUCGAGCUUCUCAAUGACCUAGAUAUGCUUGAAACGGACGCCGUGGCGCUGGCAUCCGAAUCCCUUCUGAAUGACCUAUUCAAUCCAUCCGUCGCGGCGCUCGAUCUUCCAACCUAUCGGAUGCUCAACCAUUCGUACCGAUUCUUUGAAAUGAUUCAAUCUCUGCACAGAGUACCUAAGACGUCCAGAUUGACUCCUGCUAAGUCACCAACUCAGAGUCACUCUCGGGGACUUGCAAAUUCAACUUUACUAUUUCAAGAUGUCAGCGACACCAACUUGGAUGAAUGUGCGACUGCAAUAUCAUCCCAUGAUUCGGGCUACCAAACAGCGAUGACAUCUUCACCGGAUCGGACUAUGAUCACCCCAAGUCCGAUAUGCGAUAUUGCAGUGUGGCUGAGCGUGUUAGAAGCACAUUGCUAUCUGGUUCGCAUUUACCGUGCUAUAUUCACGCGUUUGUAUCAGCUCUUCCUCAUCAUCGCCCCUGCCGACGCGGAAAUGUAUUUGCUAUUACCCAAACUGCAACUUGGACAAUUUCAUACGGAUGGCAAUCUCGCUGUUCAAGUCCAGGUUCUCGUUGAUCUCUGCUCUAGCAUGAUGGGUCAGAUUGACGAGGUUCUCGAGUUGCCACCAAGCUCUGAUCAGACCCACGAAGAGGGAGAGAUUCGCUUACCUGCAGCAGUUGGGGAAGGCAACUGGUCAACCGCCAUCCGAGAUCUUGUCUUGGCGCAGGAGCAAGAUCCGUGUGAGAUGUCUUUGGUGGAUCUGAUGAAGUGUUUACGGCAACUUGCUUGGGAUCCUGCUUUUCAUUUACUGUAG